AUGUCACGCUGCCACGUGGCAAGCGCCGCCGCCCCGCCGCUGCGGCCCGGCGAGCCCGAGGCGGGCCCGCCCGGCCCAUCGCCGCCCACGCCUCCCGCGGCUCGGCUCCGCCGCCCGUCCCGCUCCUCCGCUGCCCAUCCUGCUCCUCCGCCGCGCCGCCGGACUUGCCCGGUCGCCGCCCCUGCGCCGCCCGGCCCUGCCUCCCCGCCUCCGCCGGCGCCGGAUCUGGUGAGGUCCGGCCAGAUCCGGCCGGCCCCGUCCCGCCGGCGCCCUCUCCGUCCGACUCCAGCCGCCGUUUCCCUCUCCUCCGGCGACUACUCCGGCGUCCUCGAAGUCCGCGCCACCGGAACCCAGAUCCAGAUCCAAAACGAAGGUUGA